AGGUUUCUCUUCCUACUUAACGGAACCCAGCUAUAGAAGUUGGUUAGCUGGCCAUUUCAUGUUUGUUUUCUAAAGAUGGAUCUUUUUAAAGAACCAUUACUCUUUCUCAUCAGAUGUACAUCGAGAAAAGGAAUUGAUUGGUCUCUUUCCCUUUCUAAUAUAUUUCGCUGAACUUCGUGUCUUAAUUUUAAACUUUUAAAAUUACAAAACAAACCCAUAGACAAGUACUUACUAAGAAUUGUAUACGCGAAAAAUGUUUCUGAAAAAGGUAAUAUGUUAAAAAAUAUAUGAAGGUCGUGAGCAUCCCACUGCAUACUACACUACUGUUUCAUUUUAUAAUGUCGGUUUAAUUCAAGUCUGCUUUUUGCCAUCUUUAUAGUUAAAAAAGGCAGAAAUUGUAUGAAAAUGUCAAGGUUAAUUUUUUUGAUUGGUCAGUUUUAAAGUAUCUCGCGUCAAAUAUCACUAGUAGAAUGCCAUAAAUAAUCGGUUUUAGAGAAAUUCCGGUAAAGCGAAUGUAUGAGCAUUGCUUUAUAUACGUUUGUAGAAUAUUUUAUUUGAGUUGCAAUGGGAUACUGUCCAAUAAAUCUUUGUAACAUUUACUCGCAAAUGGGUGUCUUUGUAAUAAACGAGAACUCAAGUGGGAACAACCGAUGCAUUUUUUAUACAAAAUACAGAAUCUUUCGGUAAAAUAUGAUAACCAUACAUUAAAUACUUCAUUCACAAAUUUAAAUCACCUAUCCAUCAUAUCCUGUAUGAUUCUUCCGGUUCACAAUUCCUUUCUAUGUUCCCUUCCAUUCUUUUCUACUGUAUUUUCUUGGUCUUCCGCUGCCAGUUUUUUCAUUUCCGAUUGUUGUUACAUACUAAUUAUAUUGUUAAACAUAAGUAGCAUAUACCAUAGUCUAUAUCACAAACAUACUGUAUUACCUUGAAGAAGUAGUCAUUAGCGAUCACACCAUUACUAUCUACUCUUUUCGUUAUGGAUUUCAUCCCGAUUUUGAAAUGAUUUUCUUUACCCAUGACUUCAGCUGGUGAACCAUUAAACUUACGAUGUUUUGGCAAGUAGCCACGACUAAUGGAUCUCAGUUAUCUCAUAGAUGAGAACAUUAUCGUUGUGACUUUAUGAGCCGCUUGUUAUCACGCAAUCUAUUCGCCAAUCGAAACACGACUUAUUCGCUCUUAGACUGUACUAAACCAAUGACGUUCGACUGGUCUGAUCAGCCUAGCGCCCUAUUGGUUCGUUGCUCGCCUAGCCCGUUCAGCUGAGUCCAGAAUGCGAAUAACAGCCCCCAAUAUGCGAAUUAUUUAUUUCGGACAUACUGGGUCUAUAUACCAAACAAACAGACCGCAACGCGACAUAAAAUAGGAAAUAACAUUUGUACAUAAUCAAGCCAAAAAAGUGGCUGUGAACGUGGGAGUCAGUAGUCAAUAAACUGAACAUAACUUAAGAACAGUAAACCUUACAAUAAUAGUAUAUAUGUCAAGAUAAAGCUUAUAACAGGGGGAAUAUAUAUAUAUAUAUACAUAACCUAGUUACUGAAUAUUUAUACCGUAAGAAUAUAUAAAUAAUAUUAGUCCAUUAAUAGGUCUAAGACGUUACUCCUAAUGUAAUCUUCACUAGGAUAUAACAGUUGUCAUCUAUGAAAAUGAACGGUCGUUUUGAUGUCACAAAAAAGCGUAAUUCAGAAAUUGAAUCACCGGGACUCAAUUCAUUGACCUAAAGAUAACGCGUUCAACGCAAUAAAUGAAGGUUUUCAAUUCAGUCUUUCACACAGUCGUGUUUGAAUACUGAUGAAAAGUUAUACAAACAACUGUUUAGGAACCCUUGUCUCUCAACAGGUUCUUAGCUUGAACUAGUCUGUGAUAAAAGUCAUUCAAAAAUAUCUCCUCAUUAACUGGAUUUAUUCAUCAUAUGAUUAAAAAUUAUACACAUUCAUUCAUAAAAACAACAACGUUGAUCAUUAUUAUGAAACAUGUUACUUCUUAGGUAGUGUUACGUAGUCACCAGUUUAAUUUUAACAGCGUAUCAAUUGGGUGGUAAACGUCUAUUAAUAGGUGACUAUGAAUUAUUAAUAAAUUUUUUAACUGCAGACAGAGGGACUAACCUUAUUUUUGCGUGACCAAGCAAAUCUAAAGAAUCGUGCUGUACCAGGUACGUCUCCACGCAGAGAGAAACCAAAGUGGGAUUCAAAAUUCAACGCGAAUUUAUAUGCUUUUGCUUCACCUGAUGACCAAUUUUUGCGAACAAAACUGCAUCAUUACUACGAAUUAAAUGAAGUUAAAAGUAAAAAUAUUCGCGCUGAAGAAUCAGUUAAACAGUCCACAAAUGAAUGGUUAGAAAAUUAUGGUUUAAAAGCGAAACGAUUAACACUCGAUGAUUUCAUUGCUAUGGGUAAAAUUCCAGACGGUGUAAUGGAAGAAUUUUCAGCAAAUUCAGAUUUAACUUUGAAUCAUAUUGUGGAUGGAUUCAGAAAAAAUCUCCCGUCACAUCUCGAAUAUAACUCAAAACAAGUUAAUCAAUUUGAAUGUGGACUUCACGAAUCUAUCUUCACAUAUACUAACAGAAUAAGAUGGUUGAUGGAGGAUACAAGGAAAAUAUUUGGUUUAAUUCGUGGAGAAAAUAUUGGUCUUCUGUUGGAUAGUUCAGAUGCAAACCUGGGCUUCAAUAGAGAUAAGCAAUUUAAAGAACAUUUAAUGGAAUUAGUCAACGAACAAAUAACUGCAGACAGGCUAAAAACAUUAUAUGUAGCUAGUUAUGGAACAAAUAUUAAUUCAUUAUGGCCAUAUCCAAUGUGUGCAAAUUCACGUGCUAUAAAUGAAUUAAAGUAUUUUAUUAGAGAACAAUUAAUACCAAUGGGUGGAUCGAAUUUGUUGAGUGGAAUAAAACAUAUGAUUAUGUUUGGUAGAAAACAAUUAGAUGUUAUCAUCAUAAUAUGUGGAAGUUAUCCAGAUCAACCUGCUAUAUUUAUUCAACAAUAUUUAGAGCAAAUAUUUGCUGGUUUCACAUCACCUCGACUACAUUUGGUUGCUUAUGAUUGUCGUAAUCCUGAAGUAAAUCAAUUGUUAGCUCAACUGGCCACAAUAAAAAAUGAUUUUAUCUACCAUUGCUAUUUAACUGAGAAUGAAUCGGCUGUGUAUACAAGUGAUGAAAUCGCUCGUCUACUGAAAGAGAUAAAUGAUGCACAGAAAGUUCUUGAAGUUGUUGGUCAUCUAAGACAAGAAAUGGAGAGCUCAUCUACGAUUGCUCAGCAAGCUAUAGAUGAAGUGAAUAUGGUAUCCAAUGCAAUAUGUAAUUCACCAGUAUACUACCUACCUCAACCGACUGAUACAAGUUUACUGCAUGGAAAACUUCAGUUGGAUCAUUUGCAUAGACAAUGUUGUAGACAAUGGAAACCUUUCCAACCAACUUCUUCUCAAGUUUGGUUACAUAAACAUGGGCUGAAAGCUCGUAAACUAAAUUUAUUUCAGAUAUUGGCACCAAAUGCAUAUUCACAAGUUGUUGGUUAUGUCCCAUCAAUUCAACGCUCUGUUAGUGCUCAAAUACAUGAAAAGUGCAUGGUUCAAGUUAGGUGGCUUGAUGGAUCAAUUAAAAAUGUCCAUGUUGAUCCUAAUGAAUUAUAUAAAUACCAAACACAGAUAACAAAUUUGGUUGGAUUAUUAGAAAAACGAAUUCAUUGGUUAACUCAAAAAAGUCGUGGAUACUUUGGCACCCUUAUAGAACCGAACGUAAUAAUUUUAAUUGAUUUAUCAGGGUAUAAUACUAUCUAUAUGGUUCAUAUACACUACUGUCUACGUCAUUUACUCGAAGAACAAAUUUCAACAAAAUCCAAAUUUAAUUUAAUGAUAUUUGGUUCGGAUUCUAAGGCUUAUCAAUCGAAUUUAAUUGAUGUGAAUGCUAAUAAUUUACAAGCUUCAUGGGAUUGGUUUAAAACGCACAAUUGCAGUGGCAGUCGUAAUUUAUUAAGUGCUUUGAGAUUGGUGUUUGAAAGUCAGUCAGAAAAAGAUUUGUUUGAAUCACAUUUAGGAAUUUAUAUAUUUACAUCAGGUAUACCUGAUCAGGAUAGUGAAGUGAUUUCAUCUUAUUUGGAAGCUAAACGUUGUACGUUUUUAAAUACCCAUGUACAUGUGGCAUUAUACCAUGUGGACAAUACCAUUACAGAUAAACACUUUCCAUGUCGUUAUGCAAACAUUACAGAAACUGCAAAUUCUUUACGUGAAAUAGCCCAUUCAACCCCAAAUGGACGUUUUCAUUGGUUUCGUGAGAAUGGUAUCAUAGAAAGCGAUGAUGUUCGCGUUCUGUUGGAUGAAAUAGACGAAGCGGUCAGCUAUUCAAAACAAGCUCAGUUACUUGUAGCAUCAAUCACAGAUAAACGAGUCGGAUCAGAAGUUAAUUGGAAUAAGUCUGAUAAAAGCAUAGUUUCAAAGAGUAGCAGUACGGCUAAUCAAUUAAUGGGUGGGUGGGAUCCUUCAAAUCAAAUUGAACCGCGUUUAAACUUAUUAACAUUGGCUAGGAAAGAAGCUAUUGACGCAAAAAUGAAAAGUAUUACCACUGAUAAUGAUUCACAUCCAAAAGCUUUGACAUGGUAUCAAGAGAUCAAUAACACUGACAGGAUACGAUCUAAUCCAAUGAAAAGUAAAGUUUCUGGAAGAAAAAAAUCUAAUACCUUAGUAAAACCAAUUCAAAUUAAACGAUUCAACUGUCAAAUACCUACAGAUGAAGAAAGACUUACGAGUCGUGAAUGGUUACGUAAAUACAGUAUUCGUAGUUUGGGACUUAAUUUGACGCGUCUCACAUCCGGAAUGGAUUGUAAACAUGAAAUGUCUUUUGUUAAUUCCACUCGAACAAUGGUUCAUGCACGCUAUUGUAGCGGAUUGUUUCCUCUUGUAAAUGUGGCUGGAACUCUUAGACAUCUUCAGUAUACCUUGGACGAACUAGAAGCUUUUGAACAAGAGGUUGUUAAAGCAUUAAAACGUUAUGUCAAACGUUAUGAAUGGUUAACUACAGGAUCGAGGAAGUAUUUUGGUCUUAUAUGUGAAGAAUGUAUAGUCAUUUUGAUUGAUACAUCUGGCUCAAUGGAUGCUCAUUUGAAUGAAAUAAAAACGUAUCUGAAGCUUUUAAUAUGGGAACAAUUACACAAGAACAAGGUGUUUUUCAAUAUGGUUAGUUUUAGUAGUACAUUACUUGAGUGGCAGGCUUCCGGUGUAGUAAUGGCAGAUGAAAUAUAUUGUCAUGAUGCUAUUGCAUGGAUUGAUCAACUGAAGGCUACGGGUGGUACGUGUACCGGUGAAGCAAUUCUGUGUGGUUUAAAUCAUUUACAAAUUAUGAAUUCAUCAAAUAUCAAAGAAAUGCAUGAUGUAAACUUCAAUGAAAUGAGUAAAGGGAUAUAUUUAAUUACAGACGGUAAACCGGAUGUUAGCUGUUCUUCAUUGAUUAAAAAUAUUAAUGAAGUUUGGAACCUCACUCCUGACAGUAAUGUUGACUCACAGAAUACAAAAAUAGCCAGAACCUCUAAAACGUUAAAUAACACAACAAGUAAAAAGGAUAAAAUCAAACAUACAAAAGCUUCUAAAUUGGUACAAUUACACAAAUGUCCACCAAUACACACAAUCUCUUAUACAAAUGAUCAAACUGCUUUAUUAUUUCUGAAAAAGUUAUCAAAUUUAACUAAUGGACGUUUUCAUACAUUUCUGGAUAUGACAUCAACAAUUAAUGUGUUUUUAGAUUAUUUAUUACAAUCUUUAUCUAAAAUGAACACAAAUGAAAAUGAUAAUAGAUCCACAUAUCAAAAAGAUAUUUUAUCAUUUCCUAAUAUUCAAUCAGAUGAUAUUAGAUUAAUACAGAAAGAAAUUCGAACAACUUAUAGAACAUUGAUUUGUCUAAAAUAUUUUCAAGAUGUAUAUAAAGAAACAAAAUUGCUUCGAAAGUAAUAAUCAAUAAAAUUGUGCUAUUUUAA